GGGGGGGGAGAAGUUGGCCAAGCGGUGGUGAAGCUAACCAAGCGGACAGCUAAAUUGACAGGCUGACCAAGCGAGCGGCGCCUGCACCUUCGCCGCUGCGGGAAAAGUUUUAAUUGCUCCUGUUGACUUCCCCCCUUUUGACUCCCCUUGCGGGUGGAGGUGCAACAAAUGGCUGGCUUUCACCACAUCAUCUGUUAUGGAACACCCUAUGUAAGGUUUUGCCUGGGGAGGACGACUCCCGCCAUUUUGUUUGGCCGCACAGGAGCGCAUGCGUGACGGGGUUUCCCACUGAUAUGCACAAAUGGACUUUCCUUUUUUGUGAUUUUUUUUUUUUUUUUUUUUUUUAACUGCAAUUUCCCGCCUCGCGCGUUAGCGCAGCGGAGCCAAGCACACGUACGAGCAUGCAUAGGUUGCUUUGCUAAGUUGCUAUGCUGCGUUGCUAUUCUACGCUGCUCUGCGUGACUUUCCCCCCGGUGGGACAACCCCUUUUCUGUGCUUCUCUUCCGUCGCGAUGAACUCGAUUUCAUGGGGAGACGCGGAGGAUCUCCUGCGCGAGAAAUUGCGCCAAUUAAAACAACUGCAGGAGGUAAAGACCAGCGACUUGGUCGGCGACUACUUAAUUCAUUUCAUCCUGCUGGUUAAUAAAAUCAUGGCGAAGAGUGAAGAGGCCAAACGAGGGGAGGAGCUCAAGCAGGAAAGGCAAAAAAAAAAAAAAAUUGAAGAAAGCAUACACGAGAUAAAGCAAAAACUAAGUCAAAACAAACAUGGGGAGAGUUUCAAACGGGAGGAAAUGUCGCCCCAGCAGGAUGGCUGGAGGGUACUCAAUGGUGGGGACGACUUGAGGGAGAAAUUACCCGACGAGGCAACCCCGGAAGGGGGCAACAGCGCCGGCCAGGGGGAUAAAAAAUGUAACGUUGCCCAACUGUGCGAGGACCUCACGGAGGGGUUCCACUUGUGCAUAUCGCUGCUGCUGAGGGGGAUGAAGGGGGGUGGGGGGAAGCCUAUAGAGGAGGAGGGCGAUGGUGACGCUGGGGAGGCGGACAGGAAGGAGCAGAGCGGUGCUAGCAGCGGUGGCGUUAGCAGCAAUGGCGUUAGAAGUAGUGACGUUGGCAGUAGUGGCGAUCCCAUCAGUGGUAACCCCUUCCGGGGCGACUGCCCCGCUGCGCGAAGGGAGGGGGGGGCCUUCCACCUCAGCCUGCUGUACCUCGCGCUCUGCUUUUACCACAUGCACCUGGUAAGUGGCGACAGGGAGAAGCACCACCACCUGCACGUCAGCCUCUUCCUCCUGCUGGUUUCCUUCCCGCACCUUAAGGACAGCGAAAUUGAGCACUACGUGUGCGUAGACGGGAAAGUGUGCCUCAGGUUCGACGUGUCUGUGGCGAGGCUCCUAUCCCGUGUGUGUAAGAUGGUGGGGUUGAAUUGCAAACGGGCGGGGGACGCCCACGCCUGCUUGUUCUUCCUCACGCACAGUUGCUUCUUCCUCCAGUACGCCCACAAGGGGGGAGCGGUAAAUUGGGAGCAGAGGGCAAUCGCGGGGGAAGCGGCAGAUGGGGAGCAUAACGGGUCGCAUAACCCCGCGGGAGGGAGAAAAAAACACAAGUACCUCCAAAACAUGAUAAACCUCGUCGAGCACAUCAACCAGGUGUUCCUCGAGUGUAACUUCUUCACGGCGUCCACUCUCCUCUCGAUGAGGAGCAUCGGGCUGCACUCCUCCCUUCUGAAGAGUGACAUAGAGGAGGUGAGGAGGGAGGAGUGCAGGGAGGAGUGCAGCUCGACGCUUCUAAUCGAGAGUAAAGAACCCGUAGUGGGAACCCCCAAGGAGAGCCCCCCAGAUGAUGAGCUUGUCUACCUGAAUGAGGAGUUAACACAAGAGGAUUUUCACUUUUAUGGGGACCCAGUUUUUUCCGGUGCAGGGGAAGGAGAGAAAAGGACCGACACCCAGAUUGAGAAGAAGCUUAACAAAAUAAUAGAAACAGCCACGUCCCUGUUCGAAAGCAUCAGCGAAUGUAGUUACCUUUUCCUAGAUCUACACCUGCUUAGCAUUUACGAGCACCUCGUUCUGUUUUGCCUCUACAUGAGCAAAGACGUUAGCAAGUUGCUUCAUCAGUUCAAGGGAGAAAAAAAAAAAAAAAAAAUUUCCCAACGGUAUGAGUACAUGGCGUAUAGGAACUUGCUCGAGAUUUACAUCAUUUUUUUGAAGCACAAUUAUUUGCGGUAUAAGAAGAGCGGGGGAGGAGAGGAAGAGGAAGACAGCACCUACGUAAGGGCCUGUCAGAUAUAUGGGCGCAUGGAGGAGGUCAAGCGGACCAUUCGUUCGUUGCUUCAAGGGUGCGGUGGUAGGAGCGACACACAUGUGGGGAGUCCCCCAGUGGAGAGGAAAAAGGGGAACAUAGGAAACAGGCAAAACGGGGGAAACCCACCAAAGAGUUGCAUAAAAGGGGAGUACUUCCACACUAGGGAGCACUUCCGCAGAAACAAAAUUUGCAUUCGCGCUGGCGUCAGCGGGCAGGGGGAGGAUGCUCUAGGAGCAGCGUCCUACCUGGAAAGCACCAUACAGGUGAGACCCUCCGAUGUGAAAACCAUAUCAAAUGAAGAACCCACCCAUUAUUCAAGUCGAGGGAAAACUCCAUCAAAGCUGCUGGGAGACGUCUUCUCCCUCGUGGGCGAUAGCAACAUCGCUUACGAGUUUAUACGUGAGCACAUUGUAGGUAGUAACACCUUCAAUUUUGAGGCGGAUGAAGCGGCGGAGGGGGAACUCGGGCGGAGCCAGCAUGCCCUGCCUGGGGCGAAUGGGCCGAUGUCCUUUUCGGCGUUCCUUCGGGGGAGCAUCAAACGAGUGGGUGGCUCGGUGGGGGAGGUCUUCUCCCAGGUCUGGGCGCACGCGAAGGAAGUGAAAGAAGUGAAAGAAGCGACGGCGGCAGUAGAAGUGAAUGAAGCGAUGGCGGCAGACGCGACAACAGUAACCGCCGCUACCACCGCCGCCACCCCCUGGGCGAACGUCCACCUGGCAGACCACGCCGCGGACCUCCUGCAAACCUUCCAGUUUAAAAGAGUUAGCCUGUCCCACAUGCAAUUCGACGUGUGCAACUUUGGCCACGCAGAGUACGCCAAGCUAGCCACGGACAAGAUGAAGAAGCUGUAUAGACGUUUCUCCAAGGGAAGGGCUAACCAACAGUCUGAGCAGUGGCACCUCCCUUCUCUGGGGACCCCCCACGGAGGGGCACACCCCACCUGCACAGGGCAUUGCAAACAUGCACACUACCUAUGCCGCAACUUUGACGAAAUACAGUUUCUAUUUAAGAAGAUAAAAAAAUAUAAAAAAAAAACGCUGGCAUAUUUCUCCCUACACGAGGAGACAACGCUACACUUAGAUAUCCUCCUGAAUUCCAGUGAGUCCUAUUUUUACUUUAAUUUUUUUACAAAUUCGCAUGAACAGUACAUGCAGAACUGCAGGCACAUGUUAAAUUGCAUCAGUGCCCCUUUGGCCCAGAUAACACACCCGCAGUACUUGUCCUUCCAGAGGGAGAUGGCCCUCAAGUGCGCCCUCAUCCUGAAGGACAUUUUCAUCUGCCUCAAAUGCAACACCCGUAUGGAUAAUAUGCACACGAAUGACCUGAACAGAAACAGGAGCCUCAGCUUUGACGACCACAUCGGGGGGCCCCUCACCGCGCAGGAGAAGGGGAUCAUCCGACAGGCUGUGCAAUAUUACCUCUUCUUUUUGGGCACCUACCAGAUAGGGGGGGAGUCCACCAACGCAGCUUCGAUCGACGCGGCCUCCACCAACGCAGCUUCGAUCGACGCGGCCUCCACCAACGCGGCUUCCACCAACGCGGCUUCCACCAACGCCGCUUUGACCAACGCAGCUUCCCCCUUCCAAUCGGAGGAGGAAAAAAAAUCCUACUUUGACAUAUUCUUCUACGUGUGCAAAACGCUGUCCACGGUGAACGACAGGAGCUUCGUCGAGCAGGCCCUUCACCUUUACCAGCGCUUGCUCAGCUACGCCGCCAAAAAUAAAAUGUACGCCGACGAGAGGUACAACGAGUACAUGCGCGAUGUGUGCCGGAAGUCCAUUUGCGUGCUGCGCGGGAGGAUGCUCGAUUUGGGGUAG